UUAGUGUAGUUGCUCCGUAUAAAAUAAAAAAACUUACGAAUAAAAAUCACACGAUCAAAAGUAACUCAUACGCUAUAAUACAUUUGUCUGCGAAGAUAUUAAAUUUUAAUCAGUGUUUUGCAGGGAACGAAGCUACUACCAUCAUUAUGAGUUUCAAGUCAAAAGUUGUUCUUGUGACCGGCUCAAGCUCUGGUAUAGGAGCUGCGACAGCUAUAUCCUUCGCUAAAGAAGGCGCUGACGUCGUUAUAACAGGAAGGAAUGAAGAGAAGCUACAAAAAGUUGAAAAGCUAUGCGCAUUGUCCGGACGAAACCCUCUUGUUAUAAAAGCAGAUAUAACUAAGAACGAUGACGUUAAAAGAAUAAUGGAAGAAACAAUCAAAAGGUUUGGUAAACUUGAUAUUUUGAUAAACAAUGCUGGAAUACUUCGUAAUGGUACAUUAGAAAGUGGUAAUGCGUUAAAAGUGUACGAUGAAGUCAUGGCAACGAACGUUCGAGCUGUUGUGAACUUAACCAAUCAAGCUACUCCAUAUCUGAUAGCUAGUAAGGGAAAUAUAGUGAACAUUUCAAGUGUAGGAGGAAGACAGAUACGUGAUGGUGACUACACAGCUUAUUCUAUGUCAAAAGCAGCUUUGGAUCAUUUUACCAGAGGAGCUGCUAUCGAACUAUCAAAGCAUGGAGUAAGAGUGAACACUAUGAGCCCUGGACCAGUAAAAACUGACUUAUUUAUCAAUGCUGGAAUCAAUUUGCCGUAUGAAGAAAUAGGGUUUAAAACACUUCUUAAUCGCUGGGGUGAGCCUGAAGAAAUUGCAGAUAUUAUUCUGUUUCUAGCUAGUGAUAAAGCCAUAGGUGUUACUGGUUCUAAUUAUACUUCGGAUAAUGGUUACUUAUUACUUAAAUAUUAAUGUUAUUAUGUUAUAGUUAAUGUUAGUGGUUAUUUAUUAUAUUAUGUUCAGAACAAA